AUGUCCGACGACGUAUUUCGCCGUACGGGCCGUGGUGGGGCUGGCAACUAUUACAGCAAGAAGGAUAUAGAGGAUGUCCAGAAGGCUUCGGAGGCUUCUGCUGACCUCGAAGCCCAAGCCGACCUCACCAAGACUGCCACCACCAUCCAGCAACAACCCGCCCCCGUCCCCUAUUCCCGCGGCGGCAGAGGAGGAGCCGGCAACUUCUACGGCGCAGCAGACACGGCUGCCUCGGCCAAGCAGCAGUCCGAAGACGCGGAGCGCACCAAAAAGGCCGUCGCCGCAAGCAUAGCAGCCCGUCAAAAGACCGGCGGGACUGGCCGUGGUGGGGCAGGUAAUUACGGAGCGGCUGCCAUCCCAGGGGCGGACUUGCCGACGCCGGAAGACGAGCAGCGGAAAAAGUUGGCGGAGGAGGAGAUGGAGAUGAAGGUGUUGAAGGAAGUCGAAGAUCAGCUGGGCAAGCCGCCGGGGGCAUACCAUAGGCCUGGGCCGGAGGAGUGA